AUGCCCUUCACAAUCACCCUCCCAGCGCCCCUCUCACCCCUCCACCACAAUGAGCCUUCCGACUCCCCCUCCCUCGACUCAGACGGCGACACCGACAUGCCUCCCCCCUCCAAACGUCCCAAACUCUCCACCAGAUCCAUAGUCACGCCCGGCGAAACCGUAACCGACGACCCCCAAUGGAUGCGCGGCCACGGGACCUACACGCACCCCACGUCCCCCCAAAUCCUCUCCUCCGUCGCCGGCACCCUGCUCAAGACCAACAAACUCCUCUCCAUCCGCCCCCUCCGCGCGCGCUACACGCCCGAAAUCGGCGACCUGGUCGUCGGCCGCGUCGUCGAGGUGCAAACGAAGCGCUGGAAAGUCGACCUGUCCGCCCCGUUGCUGGCCCACCUGCCCCUCUCCGCCAUCAACUUGCCCGGAGGGAUACUGAGGAAGAGGACGAGUACGGACGAGCUUGCGAUACGGACGUUUUUUGGCGAGGGCGAUUUGCUGGUCGCGGAGGUGCAGAGUGUGUAUCAGGAUGGGGCGGCGAGUUUGCAUACGCGGAGUUUGAAGUACGGGAAGUUGAGGAAUGGGGUGUUCUUGUCUGUUUCUGGGACGGGUGGGGGUGGAGGUGGGGUUGUGAGGAGUAGGAGGCAGGUGUGGACUGUGCAGACGGCUAAUGGGGGUGGGGAAGUCGAUGUCGUGCUCGGUGUGAAUGGGUAUAUAUGGAUCUGCAAGCAUGUGGGUGGAGAACUUGUGGAAGGGAAGGGUGGAAGACAUGCGGGUGCUGGUAUGGGGGUGAAUAACUUGGAAGAGAAGGUCGGAGAGGGCAUGUACGAGAAUAGGAAUGAGAGUAUUGGUGAGGAGACGAGGUGGGAGAUUGCGAGGUUGAGCGGAUGUGUAAGGGCGUUGGUCGAGGGUGGCUGUAGGGUGGACGAGGAGAUGGUUAUGAGGGCCUAUGAAGCGAGUGUGGAGGAUGAGGGGGUGGGGGGUGAGGAAGGAGAGGAGGGUGGAGAGUAUUUGGGUGGGGAAAGGGGGAGGAGGGUUGUGAGAGAAGCGUUGAGGGCUGUGCAUGCUGCGAGAGAGUAG